UCCCGAAAGGUGCUGGGCACAUUUGGGGCGGCGGAGGCGAAGCGGCUGCGGCGGCGGUAGAGGCGGCGGCGGCAGCGGUAGCGGCGGCGGCGGCGGCGGCGGCGGCGGGAGGCAGGAUGAGCGCACGCGGAGAAGGCGCCGGGCAGCCGUCCACUUCAGCCCAGGGACAACCUGCCGCCCCGGCGCCUCAGAAGAGAGGACGCGGCCGACCCAGGAAGCAGCAGCAAGAGCCAGCCGGUGAGCCCUCUCCUAAGAGACCCAGGGGAAGACCCAAAGGCAGCAAAAACAAGAGUCCCUCCAAAGCAGCUCAAAAGAAAGCAGAAGCCACUGGAGAAAAACGGCCAAGAGGCAGACCCAGGAAAUGGCCACAACAAGUCGUUCAGAAGAAGCCUGCUCAGGAGGAGACUGAAGAGACAUCCUCACAAGAGUCUGCAGAAGAGGAUUAGGGGGCGCCAACAUUCGAUUUCUACCUCAGCAGCAGUUGGAUCUUUUGAAGGGAGAAGACACUGCAGUGACCACUUUCUCUAUUCCCAUGGUCUUUCCACUUUCAU